UGAAAAUUCAGGAGGCCGUACCACAAUAGGACGCACAAUGCAGUAUGUACGGCGACCUGUUGGUGACCAGGUCCGGGAAUCACUCCCAGCAGUAAUUAUUGGAGUGGUGCUCAUAUUAGUUGGGAGUGGCCUCCUCUUCUGGAAUGAGGGCCGCGCUGUUCAGACAUCUCGCAGUCUAGAUGAAGGUUAUAAUUCAGUUGUUCGAGUACAGAGUUCAUCAGCAGUUUUAGAAGAAAAUAAUGGUAAGCUAGUUCAUGUAUGGGGACCCAUAUCUGUCUUGCCCCUGCUCACAGAUGAUUAUUAUGGCGUGGAAAUAAGUGCCAUUAGACUAAAACGUAGAGUUCAGAUGUAUCAGUGGAUUGAGGAAGAGUCAUCCUUGAGACCCGAAGAUACUCCAGAAAUGCCGUCAGACACAUCGUAUAGCUAUUCAUUUGCAUGGCGUGAUAAGGUGGUAGACAGCUCAGCAUUCAACAUUCCAUGGGGCCACGAGAACCCAACGACUAUACCGGUGCCAACAAUUGUGCAGACAGCAGAGAAUGCAAAAGUUGGUGAAUAUUACUUGAGUCCAGCUAUUAAAGAGAGUUUUGUGGAUUUCGCUGCCUUUUCGGGAGAUGAGCAACCGGAGGGAGGGGAUGUGAAGCUGCAUGGAGGAAUGUAUUAUAUCACUCAGGAUAUUUAUAAUCCCGAUAUCGGCGAUCUUAGAAUUCAGUUUUAUUUUGCAGGCAGAGCUGGAGAAGUGGUGAGCAUUAUUGGGCAGCAGAUUGGUGAGACACUGCAUCCAUUUGUCACAAGCACUGGAAGGGAAUUGUUGAUCGUCCAUUCGGGUAAACGCACGGUGGAAGAAAUGUUCUCGUCAGAGCACGCACAGAAUCGGUUUUUGACCUGGAGCUUGCGACUAGGUGGAUGGUUCAUCAUGUUUCUUGGAUUGAUAUGUGUUUCGAAUAUUGUUCACUCAUUAGUUGUAUGCUCUCCACUUUUAAGGGACGUUGUAGCUCUGGGCCUGGGAUCGGCAAAUUUGACAUUGAGUAUGUCUACCUCCCUCGUAAUCAUAGGAGGAGCUUGGUGUAUAUACAGGCCUGGUCUCGCUCUUCUGAUUCUUGUUGUAGCAGCGCUGCCUUUCAUCCGAGCAGCAGCAAAGCAUCAGGGUUCCUUAGGCCAAACAAGAAGAUCUAAUGGGUACAGAAGCAGUACUGAAGACUAGUUUUAUCAAAUGCUGGAAGUUGAUUAUUUUGUUAUGCGUGUGACUAAUUGCACGAGUUCAAAUCAGGUUAAGUAAUUUUUUGUAAAUGGCGAUUGUCACUGGUUGUGAAAAAUAGCAUUCCAUGCAAAGUUCUACAUCAAACUCUUGAAGUAGGAAUAAACCAUGAUGCAAUAAAUGCUGAACACACUUAGAUGUUAUAUGACACAGUCUUCAAACUGUAAGUAAUUGGAUGUGAUAUUCCAUUUACAUGUAUUAUAGAUUCCAUGUUAAAAGGAGAAUGUCUUUAUAUACCAAAGUAGAAUUGUUUACCUUUUUCUAAUUUAGUUUCUUUGGGAAUAUAAUAAUGUGUAUUAGUGAUGGAAGCUAAUACAUUUUCUUGUCAUUUAUAACCAUUUUGUUUUCAUAGAUAAGGCAGGCUGAACAUUAUAAGUUUAUCCAAGUAAAUUUCCUUAAAGAUUUGCAUUGGUAUCCAGAAUGAAUGAUUGAAACUGGACUAAAUAGUUUAGACAUUUCCAACUUAACUAACUUUGCUAUCGAAAGCAUUAAGUAUGUAUCCAGUGUAUUACCUAAAUGGGUUAUACAUACCCCAUAGUAAAAAGAGAUAGAACCAUUUGUGAAACUGAGUUCUUGGGUAUUUCCUUAAAACUUGGGACUUGAACCUUUGUUCCUUUGGUUUUCGUAGUGGUAAGAGGAAAGUCAGAGUUACACCUUUCAUAUUUCAGUUGGCAAAAUCAAUUCAGUAUCUGCCUUAAAUCUGCUCUUCAUUAGUAAGGUACAAAGAGAUUGUUCUGGUGUAUGGUACUGAUUAUAUCAGGCAAACCAGAGAUGGUGGUUACUUGCAUAGGAUUUUAGUCAUCACUCAAGUUAGUUCCGUAGAAGUCUUUUGGUGAUACAGGACAUGGUGUACUUUGUCUGAUAUGUGACUUGAACAAGAAUUCUUACAAACUGGAUUUCGACUCAAGAAACGUUGUACUUUUUAUAUAGAAGCAAAAGUCAGUUCCUAAAAAACCAUUUCUAUUUAUAUCUCUUUGCAGAUUAAUUAUCUCUUGAUAGUACCACAGGUUUAACUAAUGUAAGGGAAAAGUGUUAGCCCAGCAAGCUGACUCAUUUAUUAUUUCUAGACACUUUUAGGAAACAUCCUUAUAACUUACUAAUUCCAGUGUACCCAUUAUCUAAAGGAAAAAAUUGCAUUACAUUUUCAUCAGUAUCUGUAAGGUGUACUGAAUUAUAGGUUGUCCUUAGAAACAUUCUUGCAAAAGAUGAUUAAUUUCUUGGCAAAAAGACUUGGACAAGAGGUAGAAGGGGGAUAGAAAAAUGGACAAGAGGUAGAAGGGGGAUAAAAAACACUUAAGGUAUCCAGCCUUAAUGUACGUAUGUUCAAGAUGGACUACAAGUAGCAUUACCAAAUAAUUUGAUUGAUUAAAGUGUCCUUUUUGUGCCAUAAUGCAUAGUGUUAUAGGACAUUGUUGGGCAACACUUCUGAUAUGAAGUAAAUUUUUGGUAUUCCAAUACUUAUUAUAAGUUCUCCCAUUUUCUGGGUUCUUUAAAGAAAGAACUUGAUAACGUAGCAAAUUUAGCAGACAUAUCUAUAAGACUACAUAACUUAGGGAUCACCUUGUGACCUAUAAUUACUGGGUCAGAAUUAUUGUCUGGGUUCCAAGGAGAUAGUAUAGGCAUUAUAAGUAAGUUCUACAUUACAUACUUGGAUUUUAUUCUAGUCAUUAGGUGCAAUAGUUGAAUAACCCACUGCCCUAGUUAGGUAAAAUGGAAGAUUUAGAGAAACUUUUCUCUAUUUUAGUAGGAUUUGUUAUCUUCUUUUUAUUAUUAUUUUCCUAUGAAACCAAGUUUCACAAGUCUUCUCUUUUCACUUUUGUGUUAUUCUGGUCUCAGUAGUAUUUGAAAAUCUGUUCUUUGUGUCUAGGAAUGAACACUAUCAUCCUUUGUCUCUAAGCAUAAAGAAGAAUUUUGGAUGACAUUCAUCCUAUAGGAUUGGUGAUGCAAUAUGAGAGGUAAUCAGUAAUCUGUUUUUAUUGAAUUUACUGAUGUAAUUCAAGAAUAUCUUAUCUGAAUAAUUCAUUGUUAAAUCUUUGUGUUGAUAUGUUAAAGGAAGUAAUAUUUUCCUCAAAUCGUUGACUCGGAUUUUUAAGGGAAAAGUGAGAAUUUUUAUUUAUAAAACUUACAUUGCUUAUACGAAUACAUCGAUCAUAAUUUUAAAAAUUAUCUUGUAGGUUUGGGAUGUUCAUAGAUAAAGCAACAGUGUUAUCUGGCAUAGAUUGUAGAUGUAACUUUUCAGGUCAACUUAUUGAACUCUGAAUAUAUACUACUGGAGUUUUUUAAGUCUUUGACUCAACAGCUAUGCAGAGUAUGGUAGUGCUCCUUUUGCCACAGAAACUGUCAAGAAUACCAUCUGCGGUUCCUUGACUAUGAAAACUAGCUCCUCUAUCUUUCACUAUAAAGUCCAUUAUCUUUAGCAAGUGGCAUACAUAAUGGAAUAAUGAACUAGUAAAAAGUUUUACAAGUAAAUCGUCAUUCUGGCGUACAGCAUAUUUCAAUUUUUAAAAGAAUACAUCAGUGAAGUAAUGUCACAUUUUCAAACUUGUGACAUUUCCCUAACAAUUGGUAUUUGAUAACUGCCCCAUGUAACUUCAUUAGUCAGUCGUUGUAUUAUUAACAGGAUAACACAUUUGAUACAAGUCUUAAUUUUCGUGAGCAUUUGACAGGUUUUAAACAGGAAUCUUGCCAGCAAAAUUGUCUACAGUUCCAGUUUAUCCAACAAUAUUUGUAAUUUAUUAGUAAAGAUAUUAAGUACUAAUAUGAAAAAGAUUUGACGAUUCACAUGAAAAAUUUGAAUUGUAGCUCAGUGGUCUGACAAUAAUCACUCUUGGCCCAUAAGUUUGGCAGUGAAAUUUUGUGGAAAAAUAUGGUUUUUGUAGCUUUUGUUUAUCUAUUCAAUAUAGCUUCUUGAGAAAUAGUAAUGUAUGUUUGUGGUCACUGAUUUUGAUGAGACUACAGGCUAUACAUAUUUACAAUUAAUGAAUGUGAACCAGUAAUUUUACAUCAAAGACUUUAUUUAAUAAAUCUGUUGUAUUUACCGGACUGUUACAAUUUCUUAUCACAUACAUAGGUUGAAGUUUAGUUCAGAAAUUAACCUUUAGUAUGUUACAUGCAUAGGUGUUGGUUUUUUCCUAGUUUUUUUUUUGACAGUUAAUAUUAGUGUUGAUUGCCUAUACAAUAUUAUAGACUUCCCUUGUUUUUUCAUCUACAUGGUGGUGUUUAGCAUUCAUUAUCUUUCAUAGUGAAAAUAUUUCUAAGGUGUUGUUUUGUGAAAUCCUUAUAAUUGAUGUAGGUCAAGGAUUUGUUAGUUUCAUAGUAUAUUACCUCCUAGGACAGUAUUACUAUGUAUAUUUUGGGCCCAUCUACACCAUAUUGAAAUACUGUAUUGUACAGGAAAGCAUCUACUGUCAGUAUUUACUGUACGUACUUAAUAAUUUUCUAAUGUAAGCCUCUCUAAAUGAUAAUAUUUUCAUUUUCUUAUAUCAUGGUAAUGUUGUGGAUAAACUGCAAUAAAAUCUUUCUUAAACAUAUGUUGUCUUAAAAACGGUAUCUGUAAAUAAGACUAAUGAAGCAAUGUCAUGCUACUGUAAGGAAGGAGUUUAAAUUCACCUUAUGUGAUCAUUUCUUAACGAAUAAACCUCUAAUGUUGAUUCUAACUUUUGAACUUCUAGUCUUGGUGUCUGUGUUUCCUUUAGGUACUACUUAGCAAGUUUUGAAUAUUUAUUCAGUUUAAGGUGUUUUUAUGUCAUUCAAUUAUCCCCUAGCAUUUCUGUAAUAGGCCUUAAAUUGAUUAAUACUAGUUGUUUUAAGUUAUACAUACAUGUGAAAUACACAAGCAAGGUGUGACAAAGUCAAGUAUGUACUCUGCUGUUUAGGAAAGAGGGGGUACAAUGGUAAACUGGUUGCUUUCUCAUAGUAAUUAAUUUUAUCUCUAAAUAUCGCAUAAUUUUGUAAGCAUUUUGCUCUGGUACUUUAUAAUUAGAGAUAAAAAUGCCAAGAAAGUAUUUUGUAAAUGCUAAGGACUCGGGGAUUGUGUAUAUAUUGCAUAUAGAUGUUUAUAAUAGAUACCUGACAAAUGUUGUGUUUCUCAGUGACCCUGCUGAUUCUAACAUUUUCAAUAGUAAACAAACCAUUUCCUUACACACAUAGCCAUAACUCGUUGGUCUGAUGUGAUGAUCACACAAACAUAGAAGAUAUUGUUCUUUAGUAUGUAACAGGGGCCUCCUUCAGUUGGGCUGGUACUGGUAGUCCUGCAUUGCCCUCACUUGCAUCUUGCAUCAUGAGCCUGUGGUUUAACCAUUGUCAAGAUUAUGUAUUUCUUUUGAGUCCUGUUAUAAUACUGUGAUUAUGGAAUUGUUCAUUUGGUUAAUACAGUAGGAUCCAUUAACUUUUCCAAGUGUAUGUGUAAAAUGUCUUGCAUACUUUUACAUUCAAUUAAGUGUACACAGUGUCAUAACUGUCAGUCAGGGAUCAAGAAUAAUCAAGGAUGGUAAUAAAUUCUGUGAUGUCUUGAGUUAUGAGCUAGCUGCUUAAUGUUCAGGAUGAUCAUGAAAUAAUAAUUUGUUGGGUAAAUAAAAGACCAAAUAAGCAA